AGGCUAGCCUAGGGAACAGAGCCAUAUAUGGCUCUGCUAGGGAGGUGACUAGUUGCAGCGCGUGCGCGUUAAUCCAGGGUCUUGCCACGAGCAACUGCACGCGUGAAAGGGAAGUUUCGAUUGCUGCUGAUCAAGCCAUGAGUUACGUUAGUCUCCCAUCCUCUCAUGCCGUUCAAGUCAAUGUCGGCACGACCAUCAACAUUGCAGGCACAGUAUCAAAAGAUCCGUAUCGUUUCGGCAUCAACCUGUUCACUGGCGCUGACGAGAACAACUCGGCAUUGCACAUCAGCAACCGAUUUGAUGGCAACGUCGUCGUGACCAACGCCAAGAGUCAAACUCGUUAUGGCUCAGAGGAGAGACCGGGUCAAUUUCCGUUUGCACGAGGAGAGAGCUUCAUCAUCUCUAUCGUGACAACAGCCGACAGCUUUGUCAUCAAAGUGAAUGGCCAGCUUAUCCACGCCUUCAAACACCGAGGUCCGUUUGCCAAUGUGAAACGAGUCUCUGUUUUUGAUAACCCGAAAGGAGGCUAUCCAUCGGUUCAAAUAACACAUGUUUCUGUUCAGAACCCUGGCUCUCCUCUCACAGUUUUCACUCACCAGGUUGCCAUGCCUCACAAAACCCAAGUGCGUCUGACUCCUGGCUGUGUUAUUCACAUGUUGGGAGCUGUUUCACAUGAUCCACAUCGUUUCAAUGUGAACCUGGCUGCGAGUCCAGACGAGAGUCACAACUGUCUCCACUUCAAUCCACGAUUCGAUGCCAACAAGCUCGUGCUCAAUGCCAAGAACCAUGGCAAAUACGGCGGAGAAGAAAAACCAGCGGCCUUUCCUUUCACCAGGGGCGAAGGUUUCCAUGUCAUCUUCCGUGUGCAAGCUGGCGGAUACGACGUGAUCAUCAACGGUGCACACGUCCACACGUUCAACCAUCGCAUUCCAGUGGAUCAAGUACAGAGUGUGGUCAUUAACGAUCAGCCUAAAGGAGGCAAUCCAUCCGUGUAUGUGGCUCAUGUCACGGUCGUGGGUGCAGACGGUCAGACCCUCGUACCAUGAUGAGCUGAUCAAGUGCUGCUCCAUUCGAGAGAAACUGACUCUGACUUUUGCUUUCUACUGAUGCUCCGCUUUAGGCUGUUGCUUGCUUUCUUCGUGUGUUACGACCUCACGUCGUCCCACCGAAUAAACAUGCAAAUGUACUAGUUGAUUUUUGUAGUGUUUGUUGUUAUGAAUUGAGCAAUUGCAAGUGAUA